AUGUUUUACGGCUGGAACCUUGUUUGCACGCUCACGGUUCUCUGGGGCAUUACCAGCGGUGUUUGGUCCACAGAUAUUGCGAAAUGCCACCUAGAUCCAAGUGCACCUCGCCGACUUUUCUUGUUGAGUGAUAUCGCAAAUGAACCAGAUGAUGCGCAGUCUCUUGUCAGAUUGCUGGUAUAUUCCAAUGAAUUCCAUAUCGAAGGACUGGUUGCUACGACAAGUUACUGGCUCAACGAUACGACACGACCAGACGAAAUGCGGGAAAUUGUCAGUGCUUAUGGCCAGUCUCAGGAAAAUCUCCGGCAGCAUGCGUCGGGUUGGCCCGAAACCGAGCAUCUCUUGAAUCUUAUCAAGUCAGGAUCAACAAAGUAUGGGAUGGAUGGGGUUGGAGAAGGGCAUGACAGCGAGGGUUCGUCUCUUCUGGUCAAUGCUGUUGAUUCAUCAUAUGAGCCUCUUUGGAUCCUUGUAUGGGGUGGUGCCAAUACCCUUGCACAGGCACUUUGGCAUGUCAACGCAACAAGGUCGGAAUCGGAAGUCGAGGCUUUUGUUUCCAAGUUGCGGGUCUACGCCAUAUCGGACCAGGAUAAUAGCGGCCCGUGGAUUCGGCGAAACUGGCCUGGCUUGUUUUACAUUGCUAGUGUGCACCAUUUCAAUCGAUAUGCUAGUGCGGCUUGGGGUGGAAUAUCUGGAGAUGCCUACUAUCAUUUUCCGACUAACGCGGACAAAGAGCUGGUCUCGGCCUCUUGGAUAAAGGAGAAUAUUCAGAAUGUGGGACCCUUAGGCUCGAAAUAUCCAAGUGGAGAGUUUAUUAUCGAAGGUGACACCCCUUCUUUGCUUUACAUGAUUCCUAAUGGAUUAUCAGACCCAGAGCAUCCUGAAUGGGGCUCUUGGGGAGGCCGCUACGGACCCGUCGUAUGGGGCGAGGGCCACUUUGCCGACAGCAUCGAUACAAUUGUUGAUGAUACCGGCCGCCACAUUAUGGGGUCUCAUGUCACAGUAUGGCGGUGGCGGAAUGCCUUUCAAAACGACUUCAAGGCGCGGAUGCAAUGGACGACACAACCGAAAUUUGACAAAGCCGACCACCCUCCCGUUGUCAUUCUGAACGGGAGUUCAACGCGCGAUGUUCUUCAAUAUACCGUGAAACCCGAUGAAAUAGUAGUCUUGGAUGCAUCAAAAUCUUGUGAUCCAGAUGGUGAUACUCUCUCCUUCAAAUGGUGGCAAUACUUGGAGCCGAGUUCCAAUAACAAUAGCCCGAGGCGGGACGUGACGGUCUUGUCCUUUGACAAACAGGAUGAUGCUGUCGUUACUGUUACCAUUCCACCAGAAGCAGUUGUUAGGAAACCAGGACGCGGUGCUCAUCCGAACGCGGAUAAGCAUUUGCAUAUCAUAUUGGAGGUAUCGGAUGGGGAGCUGGUGACUUAUAGGCGCGUGAUUUUGAAUAUAAAAGGCCUGGAAGGAAGCAACGAGGAAGAAACUUCAUCAAUCGAACAUGAUGAGCUAUAG